CUGAGGGAUGAGAGUGGAACUGAUGGACGGGGGUGACACUGAGUGAUAUUGGUGGAACUGAUUGAUAGUGGUGGAACUGAGUGACAGUGGUGGAACUGAGGGAUUGGGUGGGGUGCAUAGCUUCGAACCCCGGCAUCGAUCGACGAUCCAGUAAUUGUAAAGUGAUACAAAGUGACCAUGGAUAAAGUAGCAACUUUACAAAAAGCUGUUGAAGAAAUGGAAAUAAAAGGCGAUAAGAAGAAAGUAACGACGCAGGAAGAAAAGAGGAAACCUGAAGAAACAGAAGAGGGAAAGCGGAAAAAAGUUCAGGAGCCGCACCAACAACCUUCCAAUAACAGAAUUAGAAGAAUAUUGAAAACAAUAGACUACCAUGUGUCAGCUCGACAGCGAAUCCGCCGGGAGGACAUGGCGAGGAGGACUUACGAACGUCGCGAGCGGGAGAAAUUACAAAGAAGAUUGGAAAUAGUAGAACGAGAGUUAUAUCAACAUCGCGAGCGUGAAAGAUUCCAGCACUUGCGUGGACGCGACGCGCUGNNGCGCUGCGUGCGCGAUCGUAUCGCCGUACACGCAGCCCUUACCGCGAGCGACGGAACGUUGCACAAAUAUACAAUAAUUGUGUAA